AUGGAUGAUAAAUUCAAUGAAUCGACUCUUGCUAAAACAAUUUUAAAAAUAGCUCGUCUUCAGCUGGAUCUAACGAGUAAAGUCGCUGAUUUGGAGCGUCAUGAUCUGGAAAUCGAUCGGCUCAUGAAACUUAUGAAAAUAGGUCAAGAUUCUUCCAGUCUUUCAAAAAUUAACGUUGAACAGCAGCCUGUCGCAACAACACAUGUAGUUACAACUCCUGCAAAAGUAGCUGUUAGUACUGAAGGGGGAAUCAUUUCGGAUGAGCUACAGUUAUAUCAUCAGUUACAACAACAACAGCUCAUGAAUCUUUAUGCCAGUCCAUCACGUUACUUGGCUCCAUCAUCGACCACAACGAAUUUACAGCAAUUACAAUGGAAUCAAAUGGCUCAGAAUUGGAUGGGAAGUCAUUUAUAUUCAACGGUAGCUGCUUGGCAAGCGGCUUCACAAGGAUUACCCAAACCAGUGGGAAUUUUGCAACAGCAGCAGGUCGGUUCGACUGAUAUUGCUCGUCCACUUAUUCCACAGUCAAUUCCAUUUGCUUCAGAUAUCUGUCAGCAGCCGACUAUAUUUAAUACAUUGAGUAAAACAAGUAAACCAGUUGAAACAAAAGUUGGUGAUACAACUGGAAAUAAGAAGGGCCAGUGUCUACCAGAUAUGCCCAAGUUGUCUUGCGAAACUCGGGUUUCUGAUGCCAACACUCAAGCGCAGCCAUUUGUUCCAUCCAGCAAAAAUAAAACAUCGAAUUUAACACUUGCGCCUGCUUCAUUUUCGUUUGUUUCUCCAACAUCUCAAGAGACAUUGGGCAAAACUUUGGUAAUGAGCAGUGGAUUAGAUUUAAGCGGAGCUGCGCGCGAAACCAUAGGUGCACAAAGAAUGCACAAAGAAAGUGAGAGAGAAGAAGUUGAUGAAGAAGCACCAGAACGUUUUGAACCAUCUGUUCAUUUCGAACCAUUAGUUCCUUUGCCUGAACUGAUUGAAGUAAAAACGGGUGAAGAAAAUGAAGUCGUGCUUUUUUCUGAGCACUGUAAGCUAUAUCGCUAUGUUAAUGAUACAAAAGAAUGGAAAGAACGGGGUGUUGGUGUCCUUAAGAUAUUGCAAAAUCCUGCCACUAAAGUGUGUGCAAAUCACCAAAUUCAUUCGUCCAUGCGUUUAACUCCAAUGCCGAAAUCUAAUCGUGCUUAUGCUUGGAUCGCCCGUGAUUACUCUGAAGGUGAAAUGGUUGACGAAAAAUUUGCUGUGCGUUUCAAAUCCGAUGAUUUAGCGAGCAAAUUCCAUAAUGCCUUUGAUGCAGCAGUUCAUGCCAGCCACGAUGGCAAGAAUACACAGGUGAGCAAAGAGAAAAAAGCUACGGACAGUAUCGAAGCUACAAAAAACAGAUUUGAUAUUUUCAAACCAGCUCCUGGAAGUUGGGAAUGUAAGGCCUGUUAUGUUUUUAAUAGAGCCGAAUUAAGAGAGUGUGAAUGUUGUGGGACCAGUAAAGAAGGCACUACUGUUCAUCCUUCUACUUCGUGUACUUUUGAAAGCAAGGCUUUAAAACCCGCUGUUCCAUUCAAAGGAUCAGAAUUUUCUUUUGGUCUGAAACCUUCUGUUAUGCCAGAAUUUUCUUUCGGCUUAAAAUCUUCCACUCCCAGUAGCACAACAGCUUCUGAAGACCAUUCUAGAACUGUGGUCGCUGCUACUGCUUCAACAACAACUACAACUACUGUCACUUCAUCUACACCCCAAGAAUCUGUUACAAAAGCCCCCUCAGUGCAGUCUUCAUCACUUCCUUCAUUUAGCUUUUCACUUGCUGAAGGCUCGACGCGGGCGACUAAUGAUUCCACAUCUUCGCAUAUAUUUUCAUCGUGGUUCAAUCAAAAGCAGCCAGUAGCAAAUACGCCUACUACUCCAACUACCGUUACAACUACUACUGUUACUAUUACCGCUGCUACUACUACCACUACUACUACGACAACAGUUCUUCAAAACGCUUCGCCAUCUGGUCUAACAACUCAGGGCUCAGCUCCAUUCUUCGGUUUCCAAAGCGGUUCGAGAACAAAUAAUUCUUUAUUUGGUCAGGCACCCAUAUUUAACUCUGCAGCUGCGGUGUCAUCGUCUCAAGGUACAAAUUGCUGA